GUUCAGUCCUGGUUCGGUCCUGGUUUGGUCCUGGUUCGGUCCUGGUUUGGUCCUGGUUUGGUCCUGGUUCGGUCCUGGUUCGGUCCUGGUUCGGUCCUGGUUCAGUCCUGGUUUGGUCCUGGUUCGGUCCUGGUUCGGUCCUGGUUCGGUCCUGGUUUAGUCCUGGUUUGGUCCUGGUUCGGUCCUGGUUCGGUCCUGGUUCGGUCCUGGUUCAGUCCUGGUUCAGUCCUGGUUUGGUCCUGGUUCGGUCCUGGUUCGGUCCUGGUUCGGUCCUGGUUUAGUCCUGGUUUGGUCCUGGUUCUGUCCUGGUUCGGUCCUGGUUUGGUCCUGGUUUGGUCCUUGUUUAGUCCUGGUUUGGUCCUGGUUCAGUCCUGGUUCUGUCCUGGUUAUGGCUCUGGGAGCACUGGUCCUGGUCUGGUUCGUCUACACUUUGGGGCUCCUGGCAGAAGACAACAGCUCAGAGCCGCUCAGGCUGGUGGGAGGGGCCAGUCGCUGUGCUGGGACUGUGGAGGUGAAACACAGAGGAGAGUGGAGACGGGUGGAGCCCUUUGGAUUCUGGGUCCUGGAGCACACAGCUGCUGUGUGCAGAGACCUGGACUGUGGCUCUGUUGUUUUUGGAGAAGAGAAACGUGAUUUUCCACAGAGUCCAGUGUGGAGAGUCACAUCUGAAUGUGUGAAGGAGUCUGCAGUGAGAGAAUGUGUCUAUGAUUCAUCCUCCUCUUCCUCUUCCUCGGGUCUGGAGGUGAAGUGUUCAGACUUACUGAAUCGUCCGGUCAUCUCUCUGUCUGUGUCUGAUGGGGCUUCCCAGGCCCGGCCACAGGGGGUCCGGGUGCUGCUGGGGUCAAAGUUCAGGGUCGAAUGCUCUGUGGAGCCAAAGUACCCGGGAGGCUCCUUCCAGCUCCUCUCUCCCACUGCGCCCCUCGGUCAGAACCACACCCUGCCCGCUGUCAAUCACUCCGCACACUUCCUGUUCUCUGACACUGGCUCCGCCCACAAAGGAAACUACACCUGUGUUUACCACCUGCAUGUGUUCAACCACAACUUCUCCUCUCAGAGCCCCACCCUCCAGCUCUCUCUGGGAGCUCCAGUCUCAGACCUGAUCAUCAGAGUCCUGGUCAUUCUACUGUUGAAGCUCCUCUACAUCCUUCCAAUGUACUACUACUACUGCAAGGUCCGGGCCAGAGGGGGCGCUAGAGAGAGGACUUGAGUACCUUGAUUUGACCGUUUCAGAUGUGAGCUCCUGGAUGUUCGAUACAUUUAUGUAAAUACAGAGUGACCUAAAUCAUGUGAUUGUGUCUGUUAUGUUUAGUUAUACUCUAGGGUCAGUUACACUCUAGGGUCAGAUACACUCUAGGGUCAGUUACACUCUAAGGUCAGUUACACUCUAGGGUCAGAUACACUCUAGGGUCAGUUACACUUU